CCUGGGGGAGGGGAGGGCGCUCUGCUCUGAGUGGGGCAGGACCAGGGCCUGCUGUGUGACCUGAGGGGCAUCAUGGAGUCAGCAGAGGUGCCCCUGCUGCUGUGUAUAUGAGGCCUCACCAGGAGUGGAGUGUGAUCCGAGGGAAAGUGUGGGAAGGUCCCAUGUUGGACUCUGCGCCAGAAUUGACUGUCCUGAGUCCCUCCUGAGACAGUGGGCACAGAGGACUGUCUGUUCCGCACGUUGAGGGCUUCCCUAUGUGUGUGGUUGAGUCUCAGGAAGGGGGUGUGUUGGCUCUAAGCAUUAAACAGCAUGUUUUCCACUUUCAAGACUGACUUCCAAAGUCUCAUAAUGCCUGAGGAAAAAACCCAGACGAGGAGGAAGAGGAAAGAACAGGUAAUGGCUCUUUCUCAGGGACGGUUGACGUUCAGAGAUGUGGCCAUUGAAUUCACUCCCGAGGAGUGGGAAUGCUUGGAUCCUGCUCAGAGGGCCUUGUACAGAGAAGUGAUGGUGGAGACCCUCAGAAACCUGCUGUCUGUGGAUACCUCUCCUAAACGUGUGAUGAAGGGAUCAGCACCAAAACAGAGCAGUCACACAGGAGGGAUCCUGCAGACAGUGUUGUCAGAAAGACACAAAAGCCAUGACACCAAGGACCACGGCUGCCGGGAAAUCCAGAAAAACGUGUUCUCGCGGGAAAGUGAUAAAAGUAAUCAGAAGGGAGUACCUGCCACCCAUCCAAAAAAUCUCAUUUGUCGAAGAGACGAAGGAAACAAGCCAGUUGAAAGGCUGGCACUCAGCUUUCCGUCAUAUCUGACUGGACUGCCCAUCUUCCCAGCCGAAGGGCAGUUUUAUGUGUAUCAUCAGGUUGAGAAGGCUGACAACACAGGAGCCUCCUUUUCAGUACUUCCAAGAAUUGUUCCUACUGUCCAAAUCAACGUUUCUAAUGGAUACGGGAUCAGUUUCUGGCAUUCUCCGUUACUCAUACAAGACCAGAAAGCACAUGUUCGGGAAGACCCUUACAGACACGACCCGGAUGACAAAGCAGUUCAUGACGGCUCCCAGCGCCCCAGCCGUCAGGCGACCCAUGGAGGGGUGAGGCCUCACACAUGUAACGUGUGUGGCAAAGCCUUUCAUCAGAGCUCACAUCUCACUCGACAUCAAAGAAUCCACACAAGAGGGAAGCAUCACAAGUGUGAAGAGUGUGGUAAGGGCUUCAGUUACAGUUCACACCUUGUACGCCACCGCAGAAUCCAUACCGGAGAGAGACCUUACCAGUGCAGCGAGUGCGACAAAGCCUUCAGUGUGCUUUCAAGUCUUAUUUAUCACCAGGUCGUCCACACUAGAGAGAAACCUUACAAAUGUAAUGAAUGCGACAAAGUCUUCAGUCAGAGUUCAAGCCUUACCAAUCAUCGCAGAAUCCAUACCGGAGAGAAACCUUACAAAUGUGAUCAAUGUGGCAAAGCCUUUAACCAGAGCUCGCAUCUCACCAGACAUCAGGUCAUGCACACCGGAGAGAAGCCUUACAAGUGUGAUGAGUGUGGCAAGGUCUUCACUCAGAACUCUAGCCUUGUAAGUCACCGGAGAAUUCACACUGGGGAGAAACCCUACCAGUGUAAUGAGUGUGGCAAAGCAUUUGGUGUGUAUUCGAGUCUGACUUAUCAUCAGGUAACCCACACUAGAGAGAAACCUUACAAAUGUAAUGAAUGUGGCAAGGUCUUCAGUCAGAGUUCAAGCCUUCCCAGUCAUCGCAGGAUUCAUACUGGAGAGAAACCGUACAAAUGUGAUCAGUGUGGCAAAUCCUUUAUUCACUGCUCAAACUUCAAUAGACAUAAGAAAAUCCAUACUGGAGAGAAACCUUACAAAUGUGACGAAUGUGGCAAGGUCUUCACUCAAAACUCAAGCCUCAUGAGACAUCUCAGAGUCCAUACAGGAGAGAGGCCAUACAAAUGUGAUACAUGUGGCAAGGACUUCAGUCAGAGUUCGAACCUUGCAACUCAUCGGAAAAUUCAUACUGGAGAGAAACCUUACAAGUGUAAUGAGUGUGGCAAGGUUUUUAAUAGAAAAUCAAACCUUGAAACUCAUCAGAGAAUUCAUACUGGAGAGAAACCAUACAAAUGUAAUGUGUGUGGCAAAGCCUUUAGGGUGUGUUCAAGCCUCAGGAGCCAUCAAGUAAUCCAUACUGGAGAGAAGCGUUACCAUUGUAGUAAAUGUAACAAGGCUUUUUCCCGUAAUUCCAAGCUUCUAAAACAUCAAAGAAUUCAUACUCGAGGGCAGCCCUACAAAUGUGAUGCAUGCGACAAAGCCUUUAUUUUGCGAUCAAGCCUAAUCAACCAUCAGGUAGUCCAUACCAGAGGGAAGUCUUACCCAUGUAAUGAAUGUGGCAAGACGUUCAUCAAACGUUCACACCUUAGGCUUCAUGAGAGAAUUCAUACUGGAGAGAAGCCAUACAAGUGUACUGAAUGUGGCAAGGGCUUCAGGCAAUGGUCUGAUAUCAGAAUUCACCAAAGAAUCCAUGCUGGAGAGAAACCUUUCAAAUGUAGCGAGUGUGGCAAAUCCUUUACUCGGAGUUCGCACCUCACUAGACAUCAAACCAUCCAUACUGGAGAGAAACCAUAUAAAUGUGAGGUCUGUGACAAGGUCUUCAGUCGGAAUUCACAUCUUGCAGGUCAUCAAAGAAUUCAUACCGGGGAAAAACCUUACAAAUGUAAUGAGUGUGGGAAAGCCUUUAGUGAUCGUUCAAGCCUAACUUACCAUCAGGUAAUUCAUACUGGAGAGAAGUCUUACAAAUGUAAUGAAUGUGGCAAAGCUUUUAUUAAGCCUUCAUAUCUUAGGCAUCAUGAGAGGAUUCAUACUGGAGAAAGGCCAUACAAGUGUACUGAAUGUGGCAAGGCUUUUAUCAAGCCUUCGCAUCUUAGGUAUCAUGAGAGGAUUCAUACUGGAGAAAAACCAUACAAGUAUACUGAAUGUGGCAAGGCCUUUCAGCAAUGGUCUGACAUCACUAUUCACCAAAGAAUUCAUGCUGGAGAUAAGUCAUAGAAACGUAGCAAGUGUAGUGUGGCAAAUCCUUUAGCCACUGAAGCCUCAGUAAACACCAGGUGACCCAUACUGGAAAGAGACUUUACAAUGAAUGUGGCAAGGCUUUUAGCAGGUGUUCACACCUUAGGCUUCAUGAGAGGAUUCAUACUGGAGAGAAAUCAUACCAAUGUAUUGAGUAUGGCAUAGCCUUUAGACAAUAAUCCUACCUCAGGAUUCACCAAAGAAUUCAUUCUGGAGAGAAACCUUACCAAUUCCAUGAGUGUGGGAAAACUUUUGCUCAGGGCUUACACCUCACUAAUCAUCAGAUAAUCCAUAAUCCAUACAGGCUUACAGAUGUACUGAGUUUUGCAAGGCUUUUAGCUAUUGCCUUAAACUCCAGGUUCACCAAGUAGUCCAUACAAAACAAAUGUAAUGAAUGUGGCAAAGUUUCAAAUUAUUGCUCACUUUUCAUUAAAUAAAGGGAUCUGUAUUCUGGAGUGAAAGCACACAAGUGUACUGUAUGGUAAGGAUUUUACCCAUAUAGCAAACGUUGGGGGAAGAUACAGGAUUGACACCUUCAAAAUGCAAUAAACAUGGUCAAGACUUUCCCUUGAAUUCAAAUAUUAUGCAACAACAGACUCUAUAUUGGAGAGAAAUCUCUAGACUUUAGAAUAUACAUCCUUGAGAGAAGCCACCAAAAAAUAAUGUGCAUGCUAGUUAACAGUUCAAGAUGGUGGAGUAGAAGGACAAGUGUUCAUCUUCUCCUGCAAGAGCACCAACACUGCAACUAGCUGUUGAACAACCAUCAACAGGAGAACAUUGGUCCAAAGACCAAGAAGCCACAAGGAGAUGGUAGGAGGGGCGGAAACACUAUAAAAUCAAAUCCCAUACUGGCUGGGUGGGCAACGUACAAACUGAAGAACAAUAAUACCAAAGAAGUUCUCCCACUGUAGGGAAAGUUCUGAGCCCCACCUUAGGCUUCCCAGCCUGGGGAUCUAACAAAGGAACUGGGAAUACCCAGGGAAUCUGACUUUGAAGGCCAGCGGGAUUUGAUUAUAGAACUUCCAUAGGACUGGGGGAAACAGAUUUCACUCUUGGAGGGCACAAACAAAAUCUUGGCAUGCACCAAGACCCAAGGGAAAGGAGCAGUGACCCCGUAGGAGACUGAACCAGACCUACCUGCUGGAGUUGGAGGACCUUCUCUGGAGCCAUGGGUCAAAAAUGGCUCACCAUGGGGGCAGGGUCACUGACAGCAGCAGUCUGGGAAGGUCCCCCUUGGUGUUAGUCCUCUUGGAGGUCGCCAUUAACCUGACCAUAAACCCCAGAGCUGGGCUGCCUCAGGCAGAACAACCAACAGGGAGGGAGCACAACCCCACCCAUCAGCAGAUAAUUGGAUUAAAGUUUUACUUGGUAAGGCCCUGCCCACCAGAGUGGACCCAGUUUUUCCCACUCAGUCCCUCCCAUCAAGAAUCUUACACAAACCUUUUAGCCUGAUCUACCAGAGGGCAUAUAGAAGAAACAAGAAGAACAACAAUUCCAUAGCAGCUAGAACAAAAGGCACAUUACUCUAAGUUAAUUAGGAUGAAAAAGAAGACAUAUCACAGAUGAAGGGACAAGAUAAAACCCCCAAAAAACAACUAAAUGAAGUGGAGAUAGACAACCUUCCAGAUUAUUCAUGAUUCAGAAUAAUCAUGAAGAUGAUCCAGGAUCUCAGAAAUAGAAGAUGCAAAAAAAUGUUUACCGAAGAACUAAAGAACAAACCAACAGAGUUGAACAAUACAGUAGAAAGAAUCAAUAGGAGAAUAACUGAGGCAGAAGAACGGAUAAAUUACCUGGAGUACAGAAUGGUGGAAAUCACUUCUGCAGAACAGAAUAUUGGGGGGGCGGGGAGGAAUGAAAAAAAAAAAAGCCUAAGAGACCUCUGGGACAGCAUUAAAUACAUUAAUAUUUGCAUGAUAGGGGAUCCCAGAAGAAGAGAGAGAGAAAAGGGACCAGAGAAAAUAUUUGAAGAGAUUAUAGCUGAAAACUUCCCUAACAUGGGAAAGGAUAUAGUCAACUAAGUCCAGGAAGUGCAGAGUCCCAGGCAAGAUAAAUCUAAGGAGGAACACACUGAGACACAUAAUAAUCAAACUGACAAAAAUUAAGACAAAGAUACAAUAUUAAAAGCAACAAGGGGAAAAUGACAACAUACAUGGGAACUCGCAUAAGGUUAAAAACUUGAUUUCUCAACAGAAAUUAUACAAGCCAGAAGGGAAUGGCACUAUAUAUUUAAAGUGAUGAAAGGGAAGAACCUAUAAACCAAGAAUACUCUAACCAGCAAGACUCAUUCAGAUUUGAUGGAGAAAGCAAAAGCUUUCCAGACAAGCAAAGGUUAAUAAGAGAAUUCAGCAUCACCAAACCACUUGUAUAACAAAUGUUAAAGGAACUUCUCUAGGCAGGAAACACAGGAGAAAAAAAAGACCUACACAAAAUAAACCCAAAACAAUUAGUAAAAUGGUAAUAGUACCAUACAUAUCAAUAAUUACCUUAAAUGUGAAUGGAUUAAAUGCACCAACCAAAAGACAUAGACUGGGCCAAUAAAAACGUGCAUGUAUGCACUUUGGCUUACCAUAUCACUCUACUUAAUCCCCCAAAUUGUAGGUAAUUAUUUUAUAUUGCUAGGUUAAUCAUGUUCCUAUUAUGGCUUGUGAUUAUAAUUAUCUUUGAAUUCUGGCUGGCUAUUGAUUGUGAAAACUGAUAAACAUCUUUUACUAUUGUGAUUAUGUAACUGUUAUUCACUUAAUACCAUUGUAUCAUGAUUGGUCAACAGAAAAUAAUAGAAUUCUAUGUCACCAAAAUUGCCUUUUAAUGGAAAAACCUGUAAUCAUUUUUUUUGUAAUCAUUUUUUAAAAUCCACAUGCAUACCAGAAUUAUCUUGGAAUUUUUUGAAAACUACAAAUGCCCAGGUAUUGCUUUUUUCUCCAAAGCUCCAGAUGUAUUUCUAAUAAACAGCCAUGUUUAAAAACAACUGGACUCUAUGGGGAAAAAAAGGUGCAACACUAGUGGUUUUACCCAAAGAUGAAAACUGUGGAGCAUCAGAGGAUUUAUAUUUGAGAGCACCCUUACAACUGUAAAGAAUGUUGUAAAGCUUCUUCAAAUGUCCAUGCCUUUGGCAUAAUGAGAGAAUUAAUAUGGGACAGAAAAUACACAGAUAUACUUAAUGUGGAAAUACCUGUAAGAAACAGUGUGUCCUCAGGACUCACCAAAUAAUUCAUAUUGGGUAGAAUCUUUAAGAAGUAUGUGGUAAAUUUCUUAACCAGUUCUCCCAAUGGACCACACUUCAGAGGAACUAUACUGGGAAUAACUAAGUCUUCAGUUUUUUGAGAUUAGUCUGAGAUACUGUAUACUGCAGAAUAAUUCAAAGUCAACAUAUGUUAAAACUCAU